UUUUCCCUCCUCGCUGACACGAAGCUAUCCGGUGCUGCCGAUGUUUGGCUAAAGACACUUUUGUCGUUGAACAUUUUGGACUGUGAAGCUUUAACACUGUAGAAGGAAGGUCCCAAAAGGAACCUAACAUCCAUAACAGCGUCGUUUACGGCUGAAGACCUAUGCAGUCCUGCUAGCAGGGCAAGAUGUUCAACAAGUCGUUUGGUACUCCCUUUGGUGGAGGGACGGGAGGAUUUGGCAACUCUUCAACAUUUGGACAGCAAAACACAGGUUUUGGGACGACGGGAGGCUUUGGGACAUCUGCAUUUGGGACGACCAGCAACGCUGGAGGACUGUUUGGUUCCACACAGAAUAAACCUGGUGGUCUCUUUGGGUCGAGUACGUUCAGCCAGCCAGCGACUUCCUCCACCAGCACUGGCUUCGGUUUUGGUGCAGCGAGUGGCACAUCCACCAGUUUGUUUGGAAACACUGGAACAGGCACCAGCAGCGGACUCUUCUCCCAGCAGAACAAUGCUUUCGGUGCCAACAAGCCCACGUCUUUUGGAAGCUUCGGGACCAGCACCAGCAGCGGUGGGUUGUUCGGGUCUACCAACACGGCCUCCAACCCUUUCGGUGGAACAAACUCCCUGUUCGGAGGCUCAGGUUUCUCCACGGCACAGCAGCCAGGAACAACCGUAAAAUUCAACCCUCCAACAGGAAGUGAUACAAUGGUGAAAGCUGGCGUGACCACGAGCAUCAACACCAAGCACCAGUGCAUCACAGCCAUGAAGGAAUACGAGAACAAGUCCCUGGAGGAGUUGAGACUGGAGGACUACCAGGCGGGCAGAAAGGGCCCGACCAAUCAGAUGGCUGCAGGGACGAGCGGCCUGUUCGGUUCGGCCACAGCCACCUCCAGUGCCACCACUGGCCUGUUUGGUUCCACGGCCCCCAACACCAGCUUCUCCUUCGGACAGAACAAGAGCACUUUUGGAGCAACAGCGACCGGUGGUUUCGGUACCACCACGGGCGGUCUGUUCAGUCAUCAGACCCAGCAACAAGCCGGCAGCCUCUUCAAGCCGUUCGGUCAGACCACCACCACACAGAACACCGGCUUCUCCUUCGGCAACACCAACACUAUGGGACAGGCCAACACCAGCAGCAUGGGUUUGUUUGGGAACACAGCAGCGUCUCAGUCGGGCGGGUUGUUUGGUGCUGCUCAGACCAGCACUGCCACUGGCUUUGGGGCGGGCACCGGGCUGUUCGGUCAGACUAACACCGGAUUUGGAAAUGUCGGCACACAGCAGACUUUAUUUGGUAAUAAGACGACCGGGUUUGGCACCACCACCACCAGCGCCCCGUCCUUCGGCACCGGCACUGGGCUCUUUGGCAACAAGCCCGCCCUCACACUGGGAACUGGAACCAACACCUCCACCUUCGGUUUUGGUGCGAACCCUGCUGGUGGGAGUCUGUUUGGGAACAAACCGGCCACAGGAGGACUGGGGACCGGACUGGGAACCAGCUUUGGAACAGCAGUGGGCACAGGACAGCCGUCACUGUUCGGGAAUAACCAGAACAAACUGGGCACCACCCUGGGAACGAUGGGAACGUUCGGAACAACUGGAUUCAGCAGUGGAACCAGCACCCUGGGCUUUGGAGCUCCACAACAGCCUGUCGCACUCACUGAUCCGAAUGCAGCCGCCUCCCAGCAGGCCAUGCUUCAGCAGCAGCUCAGUGUUCUGGCGUAUUCACCGUACGGAGACUCUCCUCUAUUCAGAAACCCACUGUCGGACCCCAAGAAGAAGGAGGAGCGUUUGAAACCAACCAAUCCGACGGCCCAGAAGGCUCUGACCACGCCCACCCACUACAAACUGACGCCUCGACCUGCGACCAGGGUCCGCCCCAAAGCUCUGACAUCAUCCAGCUCCUCCAAGUCGCAGCUCUUCGAUGGCCUGGAUGAUGACGAGCCCUCGCUCACCAAUGGAGCCUUCAUACCCAGAAAAAGUAUCAAGAAACUUGUGCUGAAGAAUCUGAACAGCAGUCAGUACAGCAGCCAGACGGGGACUGAGGCAGACGACCUCGCUUCGCCAUCAGAGUAUCCGCAGAACGGACACAGCCUUGUGGACGAUGUGGAGGAGCUGAGGGAGCUGGCCGGCCCCAGCGGUCGGGCCGACGAUGACCCUGAGGUCACCCAGUUCUACGUCAACCCCAUUGCCAAGCCCAUCCCGCAGGGCCGUGCCCAGACCAGCCUGCAGGACACCAUAAGUGACCUCAACAUGCACAAACCAGCCAGGAACGGCCUGGAGCUGAGCAGCGAUGAUGUGUCGGCUUCUCUGGGUGAGGAGUCUCUGCAGGAGGAGAGAGAGGAGGAGCAGCAGCAGGAGGCCCAAUCGUCUCCUCACCCAGCAGGCAUCGUCCUGAACCGUGUUGGUUACUACACCAUCCCCUCUAUGGAGGAGCUGGCUGAGAUGGUGGACGAAAACGGAGAGUGUGUGGUGGAAAACUUCACUGUUGGCAGGAAAGGCUAUGGUUCCAUCUUCUUCCCUGGCGAAGUGAACGUGACGGGGCUGAACCUCGAUGAGAUUGUACACUUCAGACGCAAGGAGGUCAUCGUGUACCCGGAUGACAAAAACAAGCCCCUGGAGGGGGAGGGGCUUAACAGACGGGCGGAGGUGACUCUGGACGGCGUUUGGCCCAACGACAAGACGACCUGCACUCAGAUCAGGAGCCCAGAGCGUCUGGCCGACAUGAACUACGAGGGUCGGCUGGAGAAAGCCUCACGCAGACAGGGAGCCCGUUUCCUGGAGUACAGACCUGAGACAGGAUCCUGGGUGUUCGAGGUGGCCCAUUUCUCCAAAUAUGGUCUCCAGGACUCUGAUGAGGAGGAGGAUGUCCCUCCUAAAGCCGACCCCAAGAAGCUGAAGACGAUGACGUCUCUUCCUCCCUCCAGGCUGCAGCAGCUCACCCCCUCGCAGCAGCAGGUGGCGCCACAGGCUCAGUCCACUGUUGUCGUGGAUCCUCCUGGUGGCUUGGCGGAGUUGGACAGUGACAUGGCCGAUAUCACCCAGAGCUUCCCAACAGAGAGCAUGCUGGGAGGAGAGGAGGAUGGCAACCUGCUGGGGGGGGUGGUGGACACAAUGGGCGGGAAGUUCGGGGGUUUGACCUCUGUAGAGCACGACAGCAUCUCUGCGUCCAGUCACAUAGCAUCAACUCUGGGGAUCAACCCCCACACCCUCCAGAUCAUGAAGGCAUCUCUGUUUGCGGAGGAUGAGGAGGAGAGUGACAUGUUUCAGGAUCAGGGCGUGAUGAAGGUUUCUGCUGACAUCUCGUCUCCUCGCUUCGUCCUUCCUGGAGCUCAGAGCCGACCCUCUGUGGGUGGUCUCUUUCAGGCUCGUUUUACCUCCGGCCUCCUCUCUCAGCUGUCAGACUCUCCGCGCCCUCCUCUGUCCCGGGCGUCUCCGGCGUUGGUUGAAACCCCCCGGUCAUUACACUGGGCGGGUCCUGGCCCCUCGUCCUUCCUGCUUCCCCCUCGAACUCCAGAGCCUUCGGUCAAGAUGGUCGGUGUGCGGCGACUGGGUGGCCCCGUCCCCCUCAAAGAGUCGGUCACCCUGGGGAAGGGAGGUUUGCUGAUGGACGCCGGGCUGUUUGCGGGUCGGUCCUUUCGAGUUGGGUGGGGUCCCGGCUGGACGCUGGCACACUGUGGCCAACGGCUGAGCUCACUGCCCUCCAGACAGCUUGACCACCAAGAACUGACCGCCAAGACAGACUUCAGCCUCCUGCCAAAACCUUCCAGGAGCAAACCACUCAUAGAAAGCCCUUAUAAGGUGGUGAUGGAGCAGCUGGUGGGUCUGGAGCCUCCAGCGGUGAAGACCCGUGAGGAGGAGGAGAGCCAUGCGGUGCUGCAGCGCCCCCUGGAGAUCUGCCUGGAGCACAGCACCAUCAGCACCACAGACUCCUCCGCCUGCCCUCUGGUCCAGCCGCAGCCCGGCGUGGCAAUGCUGCACAAAUACGCCAAGUGGAUCACGGAGCUCAGCGACAAGCAGGGUGACGCCGACCCCCUCCUGGGGUCCUGGGCUGAGGUCUGGACCCUGUGUGAGGCCCUGUGGGGGCAGUUGGGCCCGGUAGACCAGGACCAAGAAAUUGAGGUGCCCAGUGACUAUGAGCAGCAGUUGGAGAGAAGGCGGACGUUCUCAGCCUGGCUGUCCCGCGGUGCCACCUCCAGGGUGGAGGAGGAGGUGGCUCUGGCAGGGAAGGGACGCCACACGGAGGCCAUCUUCAGCUAUCUGACAGGCAACCGCAUCAGUGAGGCGUGCCGAGUCGCACAGAAGGAAGGAGACCACCGUCUGUCCCUGCUGCUGUCUCAGGCCAUGGGUUCUCAGUACUGCCGGGACCUGCUGGCCCUUCAGCUCGCUGACUGGAACCGCAUGCAGACUGACUGCUACCUGCCGGAGGAACGACUACGCAUCUUCACGUUACUUGCAGGGAAACCAGUGUGGCAGUCGUCCGACUCUGUGGUGAACGUUUGCUCUCAGCUGGACUGGAAGCGCUGCGUGGCCGUCCAUCUCUGGUUCAUGUUGCCUCCGACCGCCUCCGUGGCCGACGCCCUUGCCAAAUACGAAGCUGCCUUCCAGGGCUCCUGUGAGGGGGGGAAGUACGCCUGUGCCCCCCUGCCUCCGUACCUGGAGGCAGAGCAGCUGAACAUGGAGGAGGAGGAGGAAUCCAAACCUCCACUGUAUGACCUGUGCUUCCACCUGCUCAAACUCUAUGGUGACAGACACUACAGCCUGCAGCAGCUGCUGGACCCUCUGACGAUCACCUGGGAGCGUCUGGAUUACCGUCUGAGCUGGCACCUGUGGGGCGUCCUGCAGGCGCUGCACUACAGCCACCUGAGCGCCUCGCGGCAGGGACUCCUCCACACCAGCUAUGCCGCACAGCUGGAGAGCAGCGGCCUCUGGCACAUGGCUGUCUUCAUCCUGCUGCACAUCCCCGACCACACUCAGCGGGAGCGAGCGGUGAGGGAGAUGUUGACCCUCCACUGCCCCCUGCAGGAGACGGGCGAGUCAGUCCAGCGGGAGCGCUUCCUGACCGAGAGGCUGCUGAUCCCAGAGCAAUGGAUCCACGAGGCCAAGGCCACCCGAGCUCGCCGAGACGGCAACAGACGCCUGGAGGCCCUGCACCUGUACCGGGCCGGGUACUGGAGCCAGUGUCACCGGCUGCUGAUCCAACAUCUGGCCUCAGAUUGCAUCAUCAACGACAACCACGACUACCUGCUGGAGUUCCUGGAGGGGCUGGCUGUCCCCGAACACAGCACCACCAUCCAGGACUGGGACACUGCAGGGAGGGUUUACCUGGACUACAUCAGGGUCAUCAAGACUCUGCAGGACAUCCAGCAGAUGGAAAACGCCGGUUAUGAGCUGGAGCGUCUCUACACCGACGUGACGUCACUCUGCAGCAGGAUCGAACUUCUGCCCUGCAGCACCGCCAGAGACCGCCUCGCCCAAUCAGAAAUGGCGAAGCGCGUGGCCAACAUCCUGCGUGUGGUGCUGAGCCUGCAGCAGGGUGACGCAGCGUCCGACUCCCUCGGCAUCCCUCUCGCCCAGCUGGCACCGCACAUCACCCGCCUGCCGAUGCCGGAGGACUACACGCUGGAGGAGCUGCGAGGCCUUACGCAGUCAUACCUGCGACAGCUUAUCGUCAGCCAAUGAGAACACAUAACAAGACGACAACAACAACAACAGGACAGCAUCAUGUUCUUUGGGCAUUGAAAUUCAGCUGCUCACACGUCAUAAAAGACUGACGCAGAAAAUUUUCCAAGAAGAAAAAAGAAGAAAACCUCGAGCUGAAGUCAGUUUGAAAGUUUGAAAACUUUAACCUGAAGCUUUUUCACUUGUUUUCCGAGUCUUUCAGUUUGUCCAGUGAAAAACAGGCGCGGCGCAUCGGCGUCCUUCCUCACGACAACAGGAAACAGGAAAUGACUCCUCGUCCAAACUGAAUGGACCAGACCAGUGAGCUUCUUAAGUUUUAGCUUACUCACUUCAAACCUCUCAUCUCAUGCAGUGGUUCCCAAACUGUGGGUCAGGGCCCCUGAAGGGUCUGUGGUGUCACAAGUUGAUUGACAGGAAAGAGAAAGCAAAAUAUUCAGGUUUUUCUUUUUUUUGGAUCAUUUUCCCUGAGACGAGUCUUUUCCUGUUGUUUUGUGUGCGAAUCGAUCAGACUCCUGAAGCUGUCACAUCAUCACAGUGAACUUUGACCCCAGUGUGUUCAUUCAUGUCAGAGUUGUGUUAUAGUUGUGAGUUGGCCUAAAACUAAGGAUUAUUUUCAUUAUAGAUUAAUGUCCUGAUUAGUGAUCAAUGUCAGCGGCUAUAAAAUGAUAAAAACUGACAUCACCGCUGUGAUGUGACGUCCGAACCGCACAUGCUCAGUUUGCCGUCGUGUACGGUGUCUCUGUGUUUAGAAGCUGACAGAGAAUAUUUUGUGUUUGUGCUUGAAAAAUAACUGAAAGGAUUCAGUGAUUAUCAGUUAUUGAUUUUCUGUCGAUGGACCAAUUGUUGCAGCUGCAGAUUGAAUCAGUUCAUUGUCGUCAGGAUAAACCUGAACAGGAUCAGUUCAUGUGUGAGUGCUGAUCACAGCUCCGUCGGGUUUCAGGAGUCUGUUCACUGAUUCUCACUCUGCACAGAUAAACAGGAAGCGAACGUCUGCAGCAGGAAGUGAAAGACACGGAGGAAAAUCUCAGAGUCCAGAGAAAAUCUGACGCCUGCGUAACGUGUGGUUCAUCACUUCACUGCUCAGGAAACUGAAGCGUUUCUCCUGAACCACACUGUGCACCGGAGCGUGACCUCUGACCCUGAAGGAAGUGCAGUGUUAUCAAUCAGCUGUGACUCGUUAUUUUUUUCCAUUCAAAGAUUUGGUUUUAUUGGAAGUAAGUAAAACGAGCGCUUAGCUUAGCUUAGCCUAGCUUAGCCUAGCUGUGCGUGACAUCUGUCCAUAUGUGAAUAAAGGUGAUUUAAUGUUAACGAGCAAUGAUGUUGUACAAACAGGUUCCUGUGUUCGGAGACGACUCAGAGGAAAACUCAACAUGCAAAGUGUAAAAUGAUUAAUGGUCUAUUUUUGUAGAUUUCCUGUUUUUCAGUUUGGUUUGAAUGUAAGUCAGAAGUGUGUGUGUGCGUGUGUGUGCGCGCAUGUAACCAGAUAUAAACAACAACCACCGUUUUUUUUUUUUUUUUUUUUUUUUUGUUACAGUUUGGUCGUCAGAUUUUCUGAAGUGAAGCGUUUCCUUCCAAACCAGCGGCCGAGCAGAGAUUUCACGGCAUGUAAUUAUAUAAAUAUUGUAUAUUUUUGGAAAAUCAAACGGUCAUUUUUAUCCUCCACCUUUAAUUCUUCAUAAUUUGGAUGCGAAGUGUUUUGGAAUGAAACUUUUCACUGAUCGAUCGGUCGUUUUCCUUCGGUUGUAGAUGAACUCUCAGCUUGCCUUUUUUUUUCUUAAGUAAAAUCAGUUUCACUGUUUCUCAGCAAACAGGGCGCUGAAGUGUGUGUGUGUGUGCGUGCGUACAUGCGCGCGCGUGUUUACUGAUGGUUUUGGUUUUAUUUUUAAUAAAGUCAAGUAGAAAUAAA